GCAGUUUUGUUGUGUGACGUUCGACAUCUGUCAGUGUCUAGUCGGGUUUAUAGAUUUGACGACAGCUAAAAAAGAGUGCAAACUACACCUGUUUAUUUAUAGUAAUCAAUUAAUUGUUAGUGAGGAUGUCGUACGCGUACCUCUUCAAAUACAUCAUUAUAGGAGAUACUGGUGUGGGCAAAUCAUGUCUGUUACUGCAGUUCACAGACAAACGUUUUCAACCUGUUCAUGAUUUAACUAUUGGGGUUGAAUUUGGCGCCCGGAUGAUUACAAUUGAUGGAAAACAAAUUAAAUUGCAAAUUUGGGAUACUGCUGGACAAGAAGCGUUUAGAUCAAUCACUCGAUCAUAUUAUAGAGGAGCAGCCGGGGCACUUUUGGUCUAUGAUAUUACUCGAAGAGAAACAUUUAACCAUUUGACCACAUGGUUAGAUGAUGCAAGACAACAUUCCAAUUCUAAUAUGGUUAUAAUGUUGAUUGGAAAUAAAAGUGAUUUGGAGAGCCGAAGAGAAGUGAGGAAAGAAGAAGGUGAAGCUUUUGCCAGAGAACAUGGGUUGGUAUUUAUGGAAACUUCUGCCAAGACAGCUGCUAACGUAGAGGAAGCUUUUAUAAAUACUGCUAAGGAGAUUUAUGAGAAAAUUCAGGAAGGUGUUUUUGAUAUAAAUAAUGAGGCAAAUGGGAUCAAAAUUGGUCCUCAACAUUCGCCCACAAAUCCUUCAUUGCCUGGUGCCGGAGGACAAGGGGGCUCACAAGGCGGUGGUUGCUGUUAAAAAGCGUAGAUCUUAACCAAAAAAUAACAGAAAUCCCCGAAAAAAAAAAAAAAUUUAACCAGUAAACCAAAAUCUUAUAAAAAACGAUUAUUCUCGUAUUUACCUGGGAAAUUGGCUACAUCAUAUUUAUAUUUUCACAUAAAUUAAUGGUCUGACUCCAUUAAUUGGUUGAUAUCCCCGUGUUAGGUUUUAAGCGAACAAAACAAAAGGAAUAUGUGUUAUUAUUGUUUUCUUUUUGAUCAGUUUUAAACCAGCAAUGUCUUAAAUUAAAAUGAAAAAAAUGAAAGUAAAGUAAAAAAUGUUUUUAGCGUCGCCGCCGAGCGUAUCAUUAAUUUAUGUGACGCGAAUACAUACUUAUUGUGAUUUUUAUUUUAAAGUCUUGUAUAUUUAUGUACUAUUUAGCUUAAAGAACGGUACAAACUGAAGAGGAUUAUGGUAUAUAAGGAGAAAAUGGCUGAAUAAAUCGUGAAAAGUAACGCGUUUUAACCGCUGUUUUUUAUUCUCGUAUUUCUCUUUCAGUUUCAUUCUCUAUUUUUAGAUAGAUUCUCCUUAGAUUUUAAAUGAAAAACGUGUGUGUUGUCAUGUGGUACUGUUACCUGACGUAAUUUUUCUUUUUUUGCCUAUUCACAUUAUCAAAUUAGUUAAUAAAUUUGUAAAGUAACAA